GAAAUAGCGUGUGUAAUGCUGAAAUUUUCAACUUACACAGUCACUUGGAUUUUUACGAUCCUUUUGUUAAUUGUUCCCGUUAUUAAAACCGAGAAUUACAAUAACAUUAAUAUCCAUUUAUUUACGUGUCGUUGCCAUAAUUACAAUUAUCUUCAAGAUUUGUCCAAUAACGUAUUGUCAAAAUCUAUAGAAGGAAAUAGCGAAUUUCAAAGCUAUCAAGUUGACUAUAGAUGGAGGCGAAGAGCAUUAUGCACAAUCUCUGAAAAUGAAAAAUAUUUCACUGGAAGUUUGCUUGGAAAUAAAGAAAACACAGGUAAAGGAAAGACGCUAUUAGAUUACGAUGAACCAGUUUCCAUGAAUGACAUUGACGAUCCAGAUUCUUUAAAAACACAUGUGCGAGUAAAAAGAAGCAAAUCAGAAUCGGAUCCUGUUUUUGCGUUCAGAUACCAACGUAAUUAUUUAAAAGAUUUAGCCAACUCUUUCCCUCGAGACUCGUAUGAUUCGAUAGGAGAAAACCUUUAUGACGAUGAUGUUUCGUUUGAUACGAAACGAGAAAUCAAAUCAGAAGACAAACAAUGUGAUGAAUCUCUAGAUGAAAAUGGGCCAAUUGUGGUUCCUUCGUACCUUAGUGAAGAUAAAUCCGACGUUAAUGACAUUAUCGGUCUACGGUCUGAUAUUCGCGGUAUAAAUACAGGAAAAAGAAAUAUAAAAUUUAUAGGUCAAACGAGAAGCAAAGAAACUAUAUCGUUACAAGAACCAUUAAAUGACGUUAUUGCAAACCAGAAAUCAUACGAAGAUCCGGAAGUCGAGAAAUUGCUAGAUUCAAUGCUAGCAGUAGAACUCGUUAGGAAAAAACGAAACGAUUACUCAAAGGUACAUGAUGAAAGAAAUUUAGAAGAGGAAAACUCAUCUGAUCCACAAAGUGCAAUUGAUAGAAAAAAAGAAUCCAACGAGAAGGAACGAUCGAUUUUAUCGGGAUCACGAACAGUUGAGAAGCAUUUAAAUCCAUCGAGUUCAAAUAUCGCUAAUAUAAAAGCAGAUCUGCUACGAAUUAGAAGAAAAGCGAGGAAACGCAGUCGUGACAAAACAAACAAAUUAAAACAGAAAAAGAAACAUAUAGGAAAGAAACACGACGUUUCGAAAGUUUCUCUGCGAUCGGAUCGAUCGAGAAUGUCUCGCAAGAGCAAAGCGAAUAAAGCGAUAGGCGAGGGUAAUUUAAAAAUAGGAAUUGCUAAUCUAGUGGCUAAAAAAAAUAAUGACAACAAUUUUCGUCGUAGAUCCGUAAAAUCGGAAAAAUCGAUCGAUAGAAUUGUUUCUGAAAACGAUCCUUCGAAAUUGAAAAGAGGUAAGAAAAAAAUUGACGAUGAUAUCUCGAGAUCUUCAUUAGUAGGAAGAGCAGGUGGCGCUAAUGAUUCUAAGGCAGGAACGAACGAGAAUUUAAAUACAUUCGCGACAGAAAAUAAAGAGCAGAAAGCGUUCGAAGAAACCGACGAGAAAUCGAUGAUAUCGCCACAGAAUACAAAAUUACGAACGAAACGAAAGAGACAUACCGAAUCGAAUCAUGGAUUUUUAAAUAAGGAAGAGGAAUUAAAAUAUUAUGAGAAUAUACGGGAGCCUGGAACUGAAAUCGAUCAUUGCAUUGAUGGAGAUGAAAAUCAACCAGCGAUGAUCAAUGAAAUGGAUCCUAACCGAGCAGUAAGAUCAAUCGAUGAAGUUAAAAAACUCGUGAAACAAUUGGUAACAAAGGUGAAUGAGCUUCAAAGUUAUAUAAAUGUUGAUGAAACAUCAGGAAAGGAGAAGCAAGAGAAAAAGAUAAAAACACGUGCAAUCGACGAUUUAUGUUCGAAUGUUAGCACUACUUGCGACGCUUUCAAGGAAACACCUGAAGUUGUUCAGAAAUGUGUACCGACAAAUCGUGGUGGAUCGGUGGUCAAGAUUGUCGAAAGAAAAGUGAAUCCAGUUAAUGAUCAUAAACGUGUUAACAUUCCAAGCAAACGUUCGUUAGAGAAAAAGAGAUCAGUGACCAGACGCGUUGGUAGAACAUCGCCAAGAACUUCAAGAACAAUUCGCGAAGAAAAUGAAAUAAAGUCAGGUCGUAAAUGGGGCAAAUGGACAGACUGGAGUAGCUGUAGCACUACAUGUGGUAAAGGUCGUCAAAUAAGAUGGCGAUAUUGUUUACGCGAUUGUAGUACUGCAGAAACUGAAAUGGAAGAGAAGGCUUGUCAAUUGCCAGCUUGUCCACCAGGAAAAUUCCUCGGUAUAUUUUAGUGGUUUUAGAGUCUCUUUGCUUAUAAUAAUAAUAAUAAUAAUAAUGACUAUUAAUGUCUGCAUUGUAACUUUGUAUGCCGAUAUACGUAAGAUUAUGGCACAUCUUAUGUAAAAAUUUCAAAGAAAAAGUAUUUUAUUAAAUAAAAAAUUGGAAACAAACAUAAUUAAUAUUGAUUAAUGAAUCAUGUGGCUAAUUAAGAAACAAACGACGUCAACACUGUUGUGUAACAAAUCGCAUGAUGUAUAUUUUUUUCGUUUCAUUAGUAAAUACACAAUAUAUAGAAUAUUUUAAACAAAA